CAAGUGCCGCCUGUAGUACAUUUUGAAGUAUAAACAACGUGGUUAAGACUCUGGCGCGAUGGAGAGCAUCUCGAGCCAGCGUUUCCAGGCACUGGAAAAGUGGCUUCAAACAACCAAAACAAAGAUCACUCAAGUUAACGGGCAGCGAAGAUACGGAGGACCACCUGAAGUGUGGAUUGGUCCACCCCCAAGAUCCAACUGUGAGGUCUACAUCAAGGACAUCCCACGGGACUGCUACGAGGAUGUGCUGAUUCCUCUUUUCUGCUCUGUGGGGCCACUUUGGGAGUUUCGACUGAUGAUGAACUUCAGUGGGCAAAACCGUGGCUUUGCCUAUGCCAAAUAUGGCCCACCGUGUGUGGCUAAAAAUGCUAUACAGCAGCUACACGGUCACAUGCUUAAGCCCGCGUCACAAAUACACGUCUCCCGUAGCAAAGAGAAGAGAAAACUUCUCAUCACUGAUUUACCAGCCUUUACUCAGCGCGAUGAGCUUCUGCAGCUGCUGCAGAGACUGAUUGAAGGGGUUGAGACUCUUUCCAUGAUUUCUGAGAAUAGAAGAGAGGAUUUGACAGCUCAACUUGUCUUCUCCUUCCAUCGUGCUGCUUCUAUGGCAAAGAGAGUGCUGGGGGAAGCAGACAUCACUGAAGAUCUUUGUACUAAGAAGGAGGAACCACAGCCCCCGCACAUUAAAGAGGAAAUGGAGCACAAAGAGAUCCACCAAAUCAAAGAGGAAGAGCAUCUUAAUGGGAUUAAAAAAGCGGAGGAAGAACUGCACCCCGACAUCAGAGAGGAAGAUGAGGAGGACAUCACCAAGUUUCCAUCCAUGAUGUCCCUUUGAAGAGUCAAGAUGAAGGUCAAAGUGAGGUGAGGAGAUGGGUGGAGCCUCCAAGCAGCAGCUCAAGUCAGCACAUGACAACGGAAGUUGAUGGAGACCACUGUGGAGGGUCACAAGCAGACAAACUUUUGGGGACACUGUCAGAUAGUGACGACAUGACAUCACACUCUACUCACACUGAUGAUAGACGGUAUGAAAUUGACAUGAGAGGUCACACUGACAACA